GGCCCCGGCCCUGAGGGAGGUGGCGGCGGCGGAGGACGCAGCACCCGCCGCGGCGCCUCGCCGCCUCCUCAGGAGGGCACCCCUCGGGGAGCCGAGCCCGGCGAGCGCUUAGCGCCUCGCCCGCCCCCGCAGCCAGGCCGCGGCGGUGCCAGCGACCGCCGCCGCAGCGCGGCGUCUGCGUGAGGGGGGGCCCAUGGCCAGCCCGCCGCCGCCCUAGCCGGCCGCGGGCUUCGCCUGGCGCCCCGGCUGCAGCAUGCCGAACAGGGCCGGCCUGGACACGGCGCUGAGGAUGUCCCUGCAGCGCAAAUCCUCCAAGAUCCACUCCUCGGCUGGGCCUGUCUGUUCCCCCUCGGGCUACAAGAAGGCGGAUGAUGAGAUGUCCGGAGCCACGUCCUCGGCGGAUCUGGACGAGGCACCAGCCCGCACCAUUUACUUGAACCAGCCCCAGCAGAGCAAGUUCCGCGACAACUGGGUCAGCACAGCCAAGUACAGUGUGGUUACAUUUCUACCUCGAUUCCUGUAUGAGCAGAUAAGAAAAGCUGCAAAUGCAUUCUUCCUCUUCAUUGCCUUACUGCAGCAAAUUCCAGAUGUCUCUCCAACAGGAAGAUACACCACCUUGGUGCCAUUGCUAUUUAUUUUAACAGUUGCUGGCAUCAAAGAAAUCAUAGAAGAUUAUAAAAGGCAUAAGGCAGACAGUGCAGUGAAUAAAAAGAAAACUAUAGUUCUAAGAAAUGGGAUGUGGCAGAACAUUAUGUGGAAAGAGGUAGCAGUAGGAGAUAUUGUGAAGGUCACCAAUGGGCAACAUCUUCCAGCAGACAUGAUCAUUAUAUCUUCCAGUGAACCACAAGCCAUGUGCUAUAUUGAAACAGCUAAUCUCGACGGGGAGACAAAUCUUAAAAUACGACAGGGAUUGUCUCAAACGGCUAGUCUCCAGUCAAGAGAAGAAUUGAUGAAAGUAUCUGGAAGGAUAGAAUGUGAAGGACCCAACCGUCAUCUUUAUGACUUCACUGGAAACUUGCGUUUAGAUGGUCAAAGCCCAGUUCCUGUUGGUCCAGACCAGAUCUUGCUAAGAGGUGCACAACUGAGAAACACUCAGUGGGUCUUGGGUAUUGUUGUAUAUACAGGACAUGAUACAAAACUCAUGCAGAAUUCAACCAAAGCACCUCUGAAGAGAUCAAAUGUGGAGAAAGUGACCAACAUGCAGAUCCUGGUUUUGUUCUGUAUUCUUCUGGUAAUGGCCCUUGUGAGUUCUGUAGGUGCCUUAUUAUGGAACAGGACACACGGCGAAGUCGUCUGGUACCUUGGCUCCAACAAAAUGUUGUCUGUCAACUUCGGAUACAAUCUGCUGACAUUUAUAAUCUUGUACAACAACCUUAUUCCAAUCAGUCUUCUGGUGACAUUGGAAGUUGUCAAGUUUACUCAGGCUCUUUUUAUAAAUUGGGACAUAGAUAUGUAUUAUCCUGAAACAGAUACACCUGCAAUGGCCAGAACCUCAAACCUUAAUGAGGAACUUGGGCAGGUGAAAUACCUAUUUUCUGAUAAAACAGGUACUCUAACAUGCAAUAUCAUGAACUUCAAGAAGUGCAGUAUUGCUGGAGUGACAUAUGGUCACUUUCCUGAGCUGGAAAGGGAACGCUCAUCAGAAGACUUCAGCCAGCUACCUCCUACUAGUGAAUCAUGUGAAUUUGAUGACCCAAGACUGCUGCAAAACAUCGAAAAUGACCACCCCACAGCUGUGCAUAUACAGGAGUUCCUCACUCUGCUGGCUGUGUGUCACACUGUCGUUCCUGAGAGACAAGGAAACAAAAUAAUUUACCAGGCCUCCUCUCCAGAUGAAGGGGCGUUAGUGAAAGGAGCAAAAAAACUUGGUUAUGUCUUCACAGGACGGACUCCACAUUCUGUUAUCAUUGAUGCGCUGGGAAAAGAAAAAACCUUUGAAAUUCUUAAUGUGCUGGAGUUUUCCAGCAACAGGAAGAGAAUGUCAGUGAUUGUUCGAACUCCAGCAGGACAGCUACGUCUCUACUGCAAAGGGGCUGAUAAUGUCAUUUUUGAGAGGCUUUCAAAAGAUUCCCAGUAUAUGGAACAAACACUGUGCCAUCUUGAAUACUUCGCAACAGAAGGUCUGAGGACUUUGUGCAUUGCUUAUGCGGAUCUGUCAGAAAACUCUUACAGGGAGUGGCUGAAUGUCUACAAUGAAAGCAGUACGGUUCUGAAAGAUAGAACUCAGAAGCUGGAGGAAUGCUAUGAGAUCAUUGAAAAGGACUUACUGCUUCUUGGAGCUACAGCCAUUGAAGAUCGCCUGCAAGCAGGUGUUCCAGAAACAAUAGCCACACUAAUGAAGGCAGAAAUUAAGAUAUGGAUUCUGACUGGUGACAAACAGGAAACAGCUCUCAAUAUAGGAUACUCUUGCAGACUCAUUUCACAGAGUAUGUCUCUCAUCCUGGUCAAUGAGGAUUCGCUAGACGCUACAAGAGCCUCUCUGACUCAACACUGUACCAGUUUGGGGGAGUCGCUGGGCAAGGAAAACGAUAUUGCUCUGAUUAUUGAUGGCCACACAUUGAAGUAUGCCCUUUCAUUUGAAGUCAGGCAGAGCUUUCUGGACUUGGCACUUUCCUGUAAAGCGGUGAUUUGUUGCAGAGUAUCUCCUCUACAGAAGUCUGAAAUAGUAGACAUGGUCAAGAAACACGUCAAUGCCAUAACACUUGCCAUUGGGGAUGGCGCCAAUGAUGUGGGAAUGAUCCAGACAGCUCACGUUGGAGUGGGGAUCAGUGGCAAUGAGGGCAUGCAGGCAACCAAUUGCUCGGAUUAUGCUAUUGCACAGUUUUCCUACUUGGAGAAGCUGUUGUUGGUCCAUGGAGCUUGGAGUUAUAAUAGAGUUACCAAGUGCAUACUAUAUUGCUUCUACAAGAAUGUGGUUUUGUAUAUUAUUGAGCUUUGGUUUGCUUUCAUUAAUGGAUUUUCUGGACAGAUCUUAUUUGAGCGGUGGUGCAUUGGUCUGUAUAAUGUGAUUUUCACAGCACUGCCACCCUUUACUCUGGGAAUUUUCGAACGAUCGUGUACUCAAGAUAGCAUGCUUAGAUUUCCACAGCUAUAUAAAAUUACUCAAAAUGCUGAUGGGUUCAACACAAGGGUUUUCUGGGGUCACUGCAUCAACGCCCUGAUCCAUUCCAUCAUUCUCUUCUGGUUUCCCCUGAAAGUGCUGGAGCACGAUGCAGUAUUCACAAAUGGCCAGGGAAUUGACUAUCUAUUUGUUGGAAACAUAGUUUACACUUAUGUUGUAGUCACUGUUUGUCUGAAAGCUGGCUUGGAAACAACUGCGUGGACUAGAUUCAGUCACCUGGCCGUCUGGGGAAGCAUGCUGCUCUGGCUGGUGUUCUUCGGAGUCUACUCAGCCAUCUGGCCCACGUUUCCCAUUGCACCAGACAUGCUGGGGCAGGCUGGAAUGGUGUUAAGAUGUGGAUACUUCUGGUUUGGCUUGUUUCUCGUGCCCACUGCGUGCCUUGUUAAAGACGUGGCAUGGACAGCGGCCAAGCAUACCUACCAUAAAACUUUGCUGGAGCAAGUUCAGGAGUUGGAGACGAAGACGAGAGAGCUGGGAAAAGCCAUGCUUCGUGACAGUAAUGGAAAGAGCGUGAACGAACGUGAUCAUUUGUUAAAAAGGCUUGGCAGGAAAACUCCUCCGAGCCUUUUCCGUGCUCAUUCUGUCCAGCAAAGUGUAUCACAUGGGUAUGCAUUUUCUCAAGAAGAACACGGUGUUGUUUCCCAGUCGCAAGUUGUUCGAUCCUACGAUACAACCAAAAGGAGAGCAGAAAUAGAAUAAAUGGUUCUUUACUCGAUGGGUGGUGGGAAUAAUGGGAUUUGGAUCAAUGCAUCCACUGUUAACACAUUCUUGACUAGGGUUGGCAGCAGCAGCCAAAACACCAGAGAACUCAUUUCUGUGGCCUUAGCCAACAAGUUUCUGUAUUCUCCCUGCAAACCUUGAGUACGUAUUGUGGGGGGAACAUCAUUGUUUGAAUUCAGUUGCAAAGCUUUGCCUAAAGUUUUGUUUAUGUUGUUAUGAAGCCUUUGACUGUGCUAUGUGAGGUGUGAAAUUAGAAACAAUGUUUUACCACUAUUUAAAACAUCAGCAUAAGGUUGUUCUGGGAGAGAAGUAAAAAAUUUAUGUUCCAUGAGAAAUCGGCCUUUGCUUAAUUGGAACGGGAUGCUGAGAUUUCCUGUUUUGUUACACGCAGACCAAGUGCACACGGCUGCAUGCAGACCUUACUCCCCCUAAUAUUCACUGUUGACUAAUUUGGCGGAAAUUUUUAACAGACAAUUCGGCAUAACAUUUUUGAUUGCAACACUGUAGCUAAAAAUGCUUAUUUGCCUUUCUAUGACAGAGUAACAGAAGAUAGCGAUGAAUUACUUGGAAUGUUUCUUGCCCUCUUAUAGGACUUAUUAAUGCUCUAUCUUAGCUUUCUAAAACCCAAUAAAAUAGCUUACAAAGCCAGGAUGUGGAAGGCAGAGAGCUCAGCAGGGCAGCUGUCUUGAGUACAUGGCAUUGUGCACAAAGAUGAACUCAAAUAGGUGCCUCCUGGUAACUCUUCGUGAUGCAUUUGGAUGUGCACUUCAAACACAGCCUGAUCCCAUGAUCCCAUUCCCACUUUAAGAACAGAACAAAACAGUGAGAACUUAAAGGGUGCAAGCUUUUGCCAGAUGUUGAGAAAGAAGAUGUGCAUCCACACAGGAGGCUGAUACUGUAACCCUAAAGAAGCAUUCCCCUGGCCAGUAGGACAGGUUUGCAAAGGGAAGUCAGGAAGGGUUUACACACAUGCGUGCACCCACAUGUACACAGACAGAGCUGGUCAUUGUGAAGAGAAGACCUGCCGUUUGUUUGUUCAGUCAAACCAGUCCCUCUUCUAGAUCUGAUCCAUCACCAGGCUUCCCAACACACUCGUACCUGUGAGCCCUGGAAGGAAUGCUGGCUCCACGGUCUCACUGUGCCAGUGGGACAGACGUGCUUUUGCAUAGAUUGGAAUUUUGAAAAAAAAAACCCAAAAACUGGGGCAUAAGUUAAAGCUGAAAGAGCUCUUAGAAAGCUUACGCUGUCCUCCAGACAAGUUCUAUUAAUUUUAGUCACCAAGCCAUGUUUCUGAAUCAUAUACAGUAAAUACUGCUGUGUUUUAGCCAGGUUUCAUAGUUAAUGUAUAUACUACAUCUGUGCAUUUAGAAAGUUGGCAUUGUUUUUUGCCCUAUUGACCAUCAUCCAGAACUUUUUAUAGAUUUAAAGAUAUCUGAAAGCAAUUUCAAUACGAAUAUUUAUGUUCAUCAAGGAAAAGAAAAAUGCCAGCCUGGCCCACCGGCUUAAUCUUCCUUAAGGGUUGCAAGUAAAUGCCAGCACUCAAGUGUUACAGUUCAAUUCCCAACGCCACCUCAGAGGCUCAGUCCCCUUCCGUGUUAAAAACCAAAUUUUGCUCCUGCAGCACCAGGCAGGAUUGCUCUUGGAUUAGGCUGAUGGCACAGAGGGAGAAGUCAUCACCUUCUUUCUGCAGUGCUAAUGAGACAAUUAUGCAAUAAGCGAAACAUGCAAAUAAUUUUGCCAUAGGCAUGAAUGUCAAGGGGCCAAGUGUGGGUGUAUGUGUUUUCUGGGAGACAAAUUUUGUUUAAAGGCACAAAUACUAGUGCAGAGAAUAAAUGAGGGGAGGGUAAACCUGAUCCCAGGAGCUUUUAAAUCUUAAUGCUGAUCGAACCUGUUAAACACUUUCUUUUAUUUAGAAACAAAAUCUGUUUAGGAAAUGUGUGGUGUAAGCCUGUCCUCAAAACUGCUAACCGUUCCUUCCUUUUGUAACAACACAAGGAAAAUUAACUUCCCACUGAGACAAAGUGAGAUCAGCUUAGUCUUUGUACUCUAAGCCACACACUAAACGUUGGUAUGUAAACAAUUUGGAGGCUUUUCAUGAGGAUACAGAACAAAACUUUUUAAAACCUCUGGAUAAUGAAGAAGGGCAAGUAAAUGUGUUGAGCGGAGAAUAGAAACAAUCCCGGAGUCUUUCCUGUUCUUAACUUAGCGCAACAAAAUUUUACAAAACAUAAUGAGAGAUGCUGGGGAGGAGCAGCUGUCAUCUAAUGUAAUUUAUUUUAUUAGUGCAGACUAUGGGCUGUAUCAUUUUGACCUCUCUGUAAAUUGAGGUCAGUGUGUGUCACAAACACAAACCCUCCCUAGAGUGAAUGGUGGCUUAGAUCGAGGUAUGUGUGUUGGUUGUCAGCUCAAUGGGAAUUACACAUGGGGUUUGUCACAGGGCUAUACAGUAUGUGACACUGGGGGCUAGUGGGUCAGACUUUAUCAUCACUGUAAGGCCUUAAUCUCUAGCAGAGUUAAUCCUGUAGAGCCCACCCAGGUCAAGACCUGGCAUUCUUCUUGUUCUUUGGAGUCAUUACAGGAAUUAAUGUAUUGUAAUAUGCUGUAGCCUGACUGUUGGAGUUGCUUGUCUUGGUGAACAAUGAUGAGGUGUAUUCCAGCGGUGUGUUAGCAAAAGGAGAAUGGCAGCUGCUCUGCAUCAACAGAAUUCUUUGUUCAUUAACGCAAAUGCAUGUAGCAGUAACAGCAGCCUUUGAAAGCGCUAUGUGAAAGUGUUAUCAACUAGACAGGGUAUUGGAGCAGAAAGAAUGGGAGAUUUCUGCUUGAUUAUCCAGACUUAACUGCCUAGCGCUGGGCAGAAAAGUGGUUCUUGGGCAGCUCUCUGCACUGACCAAAGUGAGGGUGGGUGGGGGGUUGGAUAUUCAGGAGGAAGUGGUGAUUUUCCUGAAUUAAACCUGGAUCUGGUUGCUUCUUUUUGUAAUGCCAUAAUUGCUGCUUUGCAUAGAAGCUGUUCCUUUAACAAUUGCCUAGUAGCAAAUUAAAGCUGGUGAGCUGGAGCCCGAGGUGAGCACUGCUGAGAAGUCUGCUGACAUUUUCUUUUCUUUAACAGGGCUUCAGGUCUUGCUGUAGGGAGCUAGCAAUGGAAGUCAGUAAUAACUUGUCAAGGAGAAAUGGUGAAUAACCAAUACAAGUAUCUGAGUCAGACUAAGCAGCUAACGUAUCUAAGAGCGUGUGUGGAGUUAACGUGAACUAUAUGGGCUGUAAAUUAAGAUAACAGUCAAGCCUCACUGAUGUGCACUUCACUAGACCACGUGGCUCUUAGUGCACACCAGAAAUGUGCAGUGUCUUCCCCUGCCUCAGCCAGCAAAUAGAUGCUGCGGAGAAGUCUCGUGUUACCAAGAUCACAUUGUUUUUACAGCAUAUACUGGAUUGUGUUUGCCGGGAGACAGUCAGUGUCCAUAAAUAAAGAGGAAAAGCUCAGGUGAACCAGAAUAAGUGAAAUGCAGGGACCUGGUGUGCCACUUGGUCCUCUGUGGACAGCCCCACGAGCUGGAGAGGCCUAUGGUCCUCACGCUGUCCCUGUCCUGCAGGCUUAUUUUGUCCUUUGGGGCUAACUCACCAAAUCUGCUGUUUUGCAUUGCCUCUAGUCAUCAGUGCAGGCUAGUGAUACCCUAUUUACAUUCUUCCUUGGUUUUAUAAAUGAUGACUUAAUUGCAUUUUUUAAAUACUCUGAGGACUCUACUUUUGCUGUUCUGCCUCACAGCUGAAGCUUGAAGCAGAGCAGCCCUUGAGUGGGUGUUCGCUGCUGAGAAGCAAUUCGGAUUUGUCAGAUUUCUCCCUAGUUUUAAGGCACUGAGGGUAUUUUACCUUAAUUUUUGGAUCAUCGCACAGUAUGAAUGCCUUAAACUUCGGCCAGUUUGCAGGGAGAGCUCUUUGUGUCUUUUUGAGUCUAACAUUAAACGGUGAGAUGGGUUGGAGGAGAAUUUGGCUGUGUCUGUGCUGUACCCCAAUGCAUCUGGGUAGCAGUUUCCUUCUGAAAUGUAGCACUGACCAUGUAUGUUCCUCAGUCUCCAGACAGCUGGGCUCGUUCUGUCCUAUGUGGAAGGACCCUUGUACUCAUCUCUUCCUGAGUUUGUCUGUAUUGCAGCUCCACAGCUCCUCAAGGAUGCUGAGCACUAAGCAGAUCAAGACCCUCUUCCGUACCUUGUACCUGCAAGGUCCCCUGGGCACAGCCCUGAGGCUGCCCCACAGGCAGCUGUUAGAGGCACAGCCAAAGUGCCUUUCAAAUGGGGAGAGUUUUGAAUUCAAAUCCAGGUAUUGUUACUAGCCGUAACUCCUGAUAGUCACUGCAGGCGGUAUAAAGAGGUAUAGAAGAGAUGUAGAGUCAGCAGGUUAUGAACCUGAUGACUGCACUUGUACACGGCCCAUUCCCAUCCUGCUGGUGAUCCCUGUGUGAGCAGCUGUGUCACUUGGCGAGUGAGUGAACAGGCAGCGAUGCUUCUCCUUAGCGUGUUGCUUGUUUGCAGCCAUGUCACUCUGCCUCAGAAGCCCUCUGUGCAGGAGCUCUGUUCCAGAUCCUGCUCCGAAGGGCAGAUCUCUAGCCAUGCUGAGAGAGGCAGCCCCAGGGAGCUCCCGUUCCAUGGCAUGGUGGCAUGGUCGUCUUCCUAUCAUGGACAAUGCCUGGUGGGACUCUGCCAGCAGCAGCACGGGUAAAACAAGCUCCUUCAGAAGCACAGCCCCUGCUUCCUUGGAAAUGACCUGCUAGUGCUGCUGAGGCCGGGCCUUGGACGUGAGCUGCGCAUUCAGACAGGUGCUGUCUUCCCGGAGCUAGUUCUUCCUGGUGCUGAGCUUUCUGGGUUGACUGCAAGCAACUCCUGUUAGAACAGCGAAACACUCUUUUACCCACUUUCUGUACCAUACAUGAAAGACUUGGUGCUUUAUUUGGUGAAGCCAUACAUUUUGAUUUAAAUGUGUUUUGUUUUGGUUUUUUAGAGCUUUUUUCUAUAUGGGGCUGGGGCAAGUCUCCUCAGUUUGAUUACACAGUUAAACCAGCCCUGUUCCCAUUUCAUGUUCCCUAGUCUUAUAAUCUUGCUUACACUGACUUCUUAGACCUGAAUAGCUCCAGGAGGGGGUGAGAGUUCAGAUCCACUUACCUGAAAGCUUCGUUAUCCUCCAGACACCAAAGAAAGCCUCUACUACCUUUCAGUGUUUGUGACCAGAGCUGUGUGUCUGGAGUAAGGCCACAGGACGGGUCGGUACGCUAAAUGACAAUACAAUAUAUCCAUAUGGGUACGGAGAAUAACUUUUUCCAUACCUUUUCCAUGCAUAGCAGCAAAAUUAAUGGAGGCUUUGAGCCUUGCUGGCAAACAGAAACCAGAAGGUGCCCUGUGCCGCUUGGCCACACAAGCGAAUCCCAAAGGUGGUGGCUUCCCGGUGACCUGCGGGAAGCUCAGACAGCUUGGCUGGGUUUAUCUGGCCAGGAACGUGCUCCUGGAUGGGCUGUCUGGAGGGGUGAAAGAACUGCGGAACGAAAUAGCUUGGCCAAGACCGCUGCUGCUGUCAGAGGGGAGGGAGGGGAGGGAUUCCUCGGGCUUCCCUGAGGAGCUGUGAUGGAGCUUACUUCUCUGCUUCCUUCCUGCGGCUCUGGGAAGGGAGACAGAGAGCUGUGUGUGUGCCUGCGGAGCUCCGUUACCUCCUGAAGCUGAGCUUUCUCUGGCGUCAAGCUGAGUCAUGGGCUCGGAGAAAGGGAACGCGUCUCUGCCAGAAGCCCCCCUGCUUAGCGUCCUUUGGCACUAGCAGGUUGUUUCCUGGCUUAUGGCAGAUUGCUAAAUUGUUUAUGGGCUGCUGUUUGCCUCACGGACACUUAGGAAUUGAGCACCGAAAUUUAUUUCAGUCCUGAUGGGGAAUAUCAUUCAGGGAGAGUUAAUGGGACUUCUUAGGUGUUGCUCCUGGGCAGGUUCCUGUUCCAUAGGCCAUUGUUUAUCUGGGGACCUGGGUCUUUUUGUGAUAGAGUGUGAAGCCUAGGGGUUGUUUCAUUUGGAUUUCUGGCCUGCUUAUUUGUGGUGUGGUCGGAAGGUAAAAUAGCUGAGUGCUGGUGUUUCUCUAAAGCCUUCCUUUAUGCAUGGAAAAGGUGAGGCAAGUUCUCCUGGAGUCUGCCACGAGGGGAUUGUUCUCCCUCAGUGUCUCUGUAGCUACUACAGAGAAAUAGAAGUGAGUAAAUGACAAAUUCUAUGUGGGCAAGUCCAGCUCUGGGCAGUCAUGCAGGAGUUUAAUGAUGAAGAAAAGUAAUACAUUGCCAAACUGUCACUGCGUAGCCGGGAGGUCAGCACCCUUGUAAUUACGGAGUGAUGAAGCCAAGGGGAAAAGCCAACAUUAACAGAAAGACGUGAUUGUUUUAAAUUCUGACUACCUUACUGGGUGGCUUCCCUGCGAAGAUGUUCCAGAUGUUGUCUUGGCAUAAAUUAAUCAAUUUCAAAACAUCCGCACGGUUUCUUAGAAAACACAGAAUUUAGCAGGCAGUGCAUAUGCUCCCCUCUGCCCUGCUGGUUGAUAUUUUCAUUCACGAAAGGGAAGCAAGCACUUGCUCUUCUUGUUGUCAAGAGCUCAUGGACUAGAAAGUUGCUGAAAGUUGCUUCUCAACACCCCCCCCCUUUUUUUUUUUUUUAAAAAAAAAAAGGGGGCUCCAGAUAUAAAGCAGUGAGGCAGCCAAGCCCUCUGGGACUGUGUGUGCAUGUGUGUGUUGGAAGAGUCGUCUGACUUGAAAACCUCCCCCUGUCCCUCCUCCUGCCCCUGAAGUGCAGCCCAUUGCGCUGGGAGGUCAAGUAUUCAGCAGCUUCAGUGACAGGAUCUUUAACAGCAUCUUUUCCAUCAGCGAGCCAAGUCAUGUGCCCGCUUGUCUGUCAUAUCUGUACUCAAAUCGCUUAAAUAUUGUUUCAGAUGGGGAGGUUUUAAUCUGGGUAUGCAGAGAGGAGUAAUGCUGUGGGGGGAUGUUUAAUUGGCUCCCAGCAGAGCAGCAGGGGUGCGUGGGUUUUUUCCUGUAGAAGUGUUACCAUUUUCAGGUCCUAUUAAUGUCCUCUGGUAGUUUAAAUACAGCAUCGCAUUACAGUGGAGUUUGUUUCCCUCCCAGACUGAAUACAAAUGAAGGUCAUUUACUUGUAUUUUUAGAAGGUUCAGAAAACUUAGAAAAUUUGUAGCUUUGAACAGCAUUGUUGACUGAUGUAUGUCUGCAGAAAAGUAUUUCCAAUAAACCUUUUAUUAAAGCAA